AUGACCACCAUGACCAGCAGGACCAUGCUCCCUCCCGCCCGCCAAAAGAUCGGCGUCUUCGGCAACUACCUCGCCCAGCAGGAAUUCAACACUCUUGUCCUUAAGGAAAAGGUCAUGUCGCUGUCCGGUGACAGCUUCGACAUCCGGAUGAAGGAAACAGGCCAGUCCAUCAUCAAGGUGCAGGGCGAGCUGAUCGGGUCCAAGAAGACGGCAACGGAUAGCGAAAGUGGCCAGCACCUGUGGACGCUGGGGAGGGAGUAUAUGCAUUUGCACACGACGUACACGCUUAAGGACGCGAGGGGCGCGACGGUGAUGGAGGUUCAGAUCCUCGGCGCCAAAGCCACAGCAACCAUCACCAACCCUGCCACAGGCAAGACCACCGUCCUCAAGCUGAAGGGCAACUUCCUCGACACCAGCAGUGAGAUCGUGGAUGAAAGUACAGGAACCGUCGUCGCCAUGAUCCGGCGCAAGCUGCUCAACUCCGGUGAACUGCUGUUCGGUCAGCAGACGUAUGAGGUGUCGGUGGCGCCCGGUGUGGACUUGGCUCUCAUCUCGGCGCUGUGCAUUUGCUUGGACGAGAUGAAGAACGAGAGCUCUUAG